AACUAUAUUCUGGACAGCCUUUCCUCUGGAAGAUACGGGGUACGCGACUACGAGAGGUGAGCACAAUGUCUACAAUAAUCGAUUCGCAAAUCAUGGUUGAGCAGUAAUCGAUAUGCUGACGGAGGACCAUGUUCCUUCGGAGCUUCUCACACACCCUGUUGUAGAAGCCGUAGUCGCUAAGUGUUGGAAGUAUGGAAUGAAAGCUGGAUCCGCACAGGAUCACAGUUUAAGUUUAAUAGGACACUUUGAUGCUCUUUCCACACCCAGAGUUCUACAUUUCAUUGAUGUUUUGGGUCGACUGAUUUUUAUGGGUUCACUUAUUCAUUACUUGCUAUAUCCACCACACUUCCACAUAACCCUGGGACAAAACGAGCAAGGCACUCGAGAGGUUAUUCUUACUUUCAUGUCUGCCGCAUCCCUCGCUCGACGGUGGUCAAUACAUACUCUGCCGGCGAUGCUUGUAUUCCCCGCAUUCGUCAUGACUCUUCCAUCUGUCCCUUUACCUGGAAAUGUCUCAUUCUCCGUGCUUCACAUUGCCCUCCUACUCCAGCUGGUUCUCCUUCACCUCCCUAACUCUCCCAGCUUACCUUCCGCAAUAAAGCCUGAGAGCACCAUACCCCUCUCUACGUUGCUUUCGCACGGAGCGACUCGCAUCGUCAUACCAAUCACCCUCUUUUUCUUUCCGGUCCUAUUACUCACGGCAUUCCUCGUAUCCGCCUCGCUUGUCGACGCUCCCCUGUUGGUGUUAACAAACGCUCUGGAAGUGGCUCCGAUGGAUAGCCGGUUCUCAUUCUUCAUCCUCUUCAUCACUGUCAUUAUGUUAUUAUUGGGUGGACUUGGCGUGGCCUUGGCGAUGUUCCCAACCUUGGCAUCAUCAGCCACCUCAACAAGUAAAUGGGAUCGUUACUCACGAGAAAUCGGGUUGCACGCACGCAGGUCAUUUGUGGAAGCCCUUGUCCAAUAUGAGCCUUAUUACUUUCCGGUUCCAUUCAACUUGCUCCAACUUGUCGUGCGAGUGCCUUGCAUAGUGUUCUCUUGGUGGGGGCAUCCAGUGAUUCCGUACACAGACUCAGUGGAGAGGGUGCUAUGGAGAGUCAGUGUAGGAUUGAUUGGAGCUGUGAUUUCUGGCUUCUGGCUUUGGGGUCUAGCGUGACCCGACCCGAUAAACGUGUCAGGUAUUAUUAGAUCCUGGUAUUAUCGUACUUCCACAGAUACUAGCACUACUUUUUAGUGUAGUCCAUACCAAGUACUUAUAUAUGGGAUAAUUGCUCAAA